CCACCACCGCCGUAGUAAGGCAAUGUCAAUGUUUGCAAUGUACAACAAUAAACCGGUUAGAAACGUGUAAAAAUCCUUUAGAAUCGUGCUCAUUAAACUGGCGAAAGAAUGUCAGCUGAUGGGGUGGGAAAUAUAUAACAAGAGACCCCGUUUCGGAAGAAAACUAGGAUGAAUGUGUGGAUGGAAGCGGUGGCGAGAGGCUGCGCGGCGCGGGCUUCGCGCAUCACGAAGGUCGGCCCAGCGCGACCGACGCGAGUCCGACAAGCAACCUCGAUCGAGGAUGCGAAGGGGGAGGGAGAGAGCAAGCGAGCGAGUGAGCGGCGAGGACCUGGAGGAGGUGGGCGCCUACCGCGCGUCGGAUCUGGCUUGGCUUACACACAUGGCAUUCAAGGCCAGUCGUGGUCCAGACCGCUCACAAAGCGUAGCUUUGACUCUACAAUCGGGAAGGUUUAAAUACCCCUUACGGUGUUUUCCCAUCUCGAGCUGUAACUGCAAUCGAUAUCACCCGCAGUGAAUUUCUUGCUGACGAGAGUGGUCGUGUGGCGACGAAACCAUCGAGCUUGUUGAAACGAAUCCCGGUGUGUCUUACCCCCGGGAGUCGUUGCAGCUCUUACUGUUUCUCGCUCUCUCUCGCUACUUGCAUCUCUUUCACGGCGAUGUGCUUGUGCCAGAACGCAUUCGAAAGCUCUAGCGGGCUGGUAGUGAAGGAGGUCGUUGGAGAGUUGCUGAGACGGGAGAGAGUGUUGGGUUGGAUGGUUGUUUCGUUUUAGGUGGGUUGUGGAGAUGUGAACUGGGUUUUUGCAGUUUGGGAAUUGAUCAUUUGAUUGAGAUGUGGUGGACAUGAUGGAGAGAGGUGGUUUGCGUGACUUGAGGUCUACAUUGGACGUUUGUGCGGUCGGAAAUAGCUGGGAUACUGCUGUUUGUUUGAUUCGCUUGGUGGUGUGAGAGAGAGUGUGUGUGUGUGUGUGUGAGAGAGAGAGAGUGCGAGAGUGUGGAUGUGUUAAUGAGUGUGUUAUUUAGUUUGUGCAGAUAGAAGUGUCUGUUCUUUUUGUCGAUUGAUCGAAUGAGGGAGUGUGUCCGGAGGGGAUUGACGUGGAGGCUGUGCAGCGUUUCUAGGGGUGGAGUUGUUGUUGGUGUUGCGUCGCGUUACCGCAACAUUGUGUGUUUUAAGAUUCUGAGGGAGCCAGGGUGGAGAGAAAAUCUUGGAGAGAAUCGAACGUAGCUUUGUUGUUUUUUAUUUUUUAUUUUUAUUUUUUUACUUACUGUGUUUGUGGAUUCACCCCCUUCUCCUCUCCUCUAAAAUUCCGGUCUCGUGGACACGCGGACCUUUCCAUUGGGUUAGGAGGUUUGUCAAUGACGCCAAGAGUAAUGGUUGGGAUAGUAAUGACGAUUUGCAAGGUUCAUCGCGCAUGACAAGGAGGACACGAUCAGGAGCAGCAUCAUAUUUUCGAAGGUUUAGCCUCAUGCUUGUGAUAUUUGGAGGGCUUUCUUGAAUUCAAGAAUUUUGUACACUUACUCAGGGCAGGAAUAAAAAUAUUUCAGCAGCUGAUCUUUCCAACACGACGCUGUUUUGAACCACUUGCAUAGUUUCGAUGAGGCCGCCUUGAGCAAUCCUGGUUCUGGUUGCGUGCAUCAGAGAGUGAAACGUUGAGGAUGUGGAUCUCAAGAUUCAAGAAAGUGACGUAUUUUCAAUAUUGUUCAAAUCGGCCGUUGGAAUUGUGAUUGAAUCCUUUCCCUGCCGCAGCCUUUUCAAGCGUGAAAAUAAUUCUCGGUAGUUUAGAAUUGGACAAUUCCUUGACAGCGGAGGCGACUUUCUACUUCUCGGAUGUGGUGGGUUUCAAUAGAAAUGCAGAGGUGAGAGAGAAGUGCAGGAAGGCUAUUUUUCUGUAGCACAGAGUGUCGGGCGGUAUGGGAAACCCGGCACAGGGGGAGCCUUCUUUCAUUGCGGAGAAGACGAUGGAUCAGUUUCUUCUCAUGUUCUAUGUAGUGUCAGUGAUGUGCUGUUUAUGGAUCGUUUCCUCCGUGAGUUCGAACUGCCUCUUUUUGAGCCUCCUCGGCGGCUACCUGUUCUGGAUUCUGAAACAAUGUUUGGAGAGGGAGAAGCGGGAAAUUCUGUUCGAAGAGAGGAAAAGGGUGAACGCAAGUAAGGCAAUGACGGAAGGCGAGACGCUGCAGUGGUUGAAUGAAAGCUUGAAUGUCAUGUGGCCGAUAUGUAUGGAGAAGUUUGCUUCACAGCACUUCUUCACACCCAUUGCGCCGUGGUUUUUGAAAAAAUUCAAGCCCAAGUAUGUGAAGGAAGUGACGCUGCAAUCUCUUCAUUUAGGAAGCACCUCACCCCUUUUCAGCCUCAUACGCGUCUUGCCAGCUUCCCAAGAUGAUGAUGUGAUUUUUGAGGCAGAAAUGGAGUUUUCGUCUGACAAGGACAUGAAAGCACAAAUGUCAGUUCAAAUGAAACACAUAAAUACCACCACCACUUUUUAUAUCUCAAAACUUUACAUCAAAGGCACGGUCAAGUUUUCGGUGAAGUUCGAAAAAGGUUGGCCUAUUUUAGGUCGAGUACGCUUCUGCUUUGCUAAUGCUCCCUAUAUCGACAUGACCGCUCGGCCAUACGCCAAGAAGGGUAUCGACAUGAGGAUCAUUCCAGGAGCUGCAAGCUGGCUGGAGGAAACACUGGGCACAGCACUGGAGCAAUCUGUCGUUGAGCCAUACAUGUUGGUCAUCGACAUGAAAAAGCUCGUCAGCAACAUGAUGUUUCCUGGGCCGAUAUCACGAUAUGGCCUGCAAGAUUUUUUUAGUGUGGAGCACAAAUCGGGUGUCAUGGUGUUAGUUGAAGUUUUGGAGGCCGGCGAGCUGAAGGCUGGAAAUGCUGCUGGUUUGCCUGAUCCAAUGGUUGAGUUAUUACUGGGGACGCGAAGAGAAAUAACCAAACCAAAGUUGCAGACGGUCAAUCCAGUGUGGACACGUGAGAUGCAUCGUAUGCCCAUAGUGAACUGGGAGUACCCAAAUAUUCUCACCUUGCGCGUGAUGUCCAAGCCUAGCUGGGGACGCUCAGUUGACCUUGGGAUAUGUAGUAUUGCAGUGAAAGAAUUUCAGAACGGUGAACGGAAAGAAAAGAAAUUAAGACUUGAAAGUGUGAAUAAAAAGGAGUAUAUGGGUUGGAUAAAAUUUGCAAUAACUGUGGAACAUCACAACGGUUCUCAAACUCCUGAGGAGCGACACACGACUUUUGGAUCUCAGCCUCAAACUCAGGAAAUUGCAAGCAUUACGCCACCUGAGUCUACCGCCACAAGUAGAAGCCAAGCACUUGGAACCAGAAUUAAAGCUUUCAUGCAUAUGCGAAACAGCUCCACUGAGGUUGAAACUGCAAUCCUCGUGCGGGCUGCAACCUCCGAACCAAGUGAGAUUGAUGGUGGCAGCACUGAUAUCAUAGAAAUGCCCUCUAACAUUCCUCCCGGCUCCUUCUCAAUUCAAUGUCCUGAAAAAGAGGAAACCUCGUAUUUUACUUCUGAUCCUAGGAGAAGAUCUAAUGCAAAGAAGCACAAGAAGGACAAGAGCGCACCGGGUUGCAAGGAGAGGGACGCAAUAAUGUCCAACACCAAAGUUAAGACGCCAUACAUGAGAUUCUUAAGGAUGAGGAAACCACGUAACAUCAGCAAGAUCUCUUUCAUCGAGAAGUCCCCUGCUGACAGAGAGGCUACCAUGACUGAUCUCUCUGGGUACUCCAGCAGCAUGGAGCAUUCCUCGGAGGUGAAGGUGUGCACUGACUCUUCAAAGACAAAUAUGCAGCUGUUCCCUGACAUGGCACACGCUGUGCACAACAUCAUUCAUGAGAAGACCAUCAUCGACAGUUGUAACGCAACCACACAACUUCAGGGUAACAGCCAACAACAAACAAUCGGGAGGGAUUUUGUAGAAAACCUCAGUUUCUCGAAUUUGCAGGACGAGGUGACACUCAGACAUGGGUGCAGGUCCCAGAGUGCGACAGCACCAAUGCCUCCGAAGCAGUACACCAAGAAUAAUUCAUGGUUGCGCAAUUUCAAACUCACCAAGUGGCCUAAGAAAUCAAGGAAAACCAUGGUUAGCAAGCAGGAACAUGUUUCAGUCGACAACUUAGAACGGGACCCGGCUUCAUUGCCACGGUUUGAACACGAGUUUGGGGAUCCGAGUUACACUUCCACCACCCUGUCGAUUAGGAAAGAGCUUCCACCGACAGAUCUGAAAACGGCUCUCCUUCAAGCGCAGUCCCCUUUGACAGGAUCCUUGCUUGAAAAUCACCGCAGCAUCCUUGCCUCCGGUCGACCUGUCAGCGGCAGCCAAUCUUGCAGACAAGAUGCCAGUAUUCUUAAGAGGAUUCUUCCCCACAGAGCACAGUCGUUCCGAUUCGACUUGCUCAACAUCACGAACAGAAAACAUGCUCGUCUCGAAUGAACAGCAUGUAAUCUACAACAACAAACAAGUUUUUUUUUGUACCAUAGCGUCACACCUGUACCACCAUUUCAGCUGCACAAUGCCGUUUUAUCUUUAUUUAUGCCAGACUUGCCGAAGCUAUAUCAAGGCAAGGCUUUAAUGGAAAGUUCUAUAUAUCCAAUUCCAAGAGGAGGAGGAAGACGGCACUUCUUGAGGUCAGUUAGUAUUUCAUCAGACCUCUCUCUUCACACAUGGUAUAGCACAGUUAAUAUACUCCCCUGUGGUACAUAGCCAUUGUUACAUGCUUGCUCAUUGUUAAUAGUGAUUGUUACAUGCUUAGACACGUGUAAAUAAUGGUCAGUUGAGAUUAUCAUAAGACCCACUUGAUAGAAAUGCAUAAACAGAGCAUGCAUUGCUGCAGGAAAUUAGUUUGCUCUAAGGACACACUCUGGUAGAUUUUGAGCUACUUAGCCUAGCGGAUUAUCCCUUGAUGCAUUUGUUCUACACUUCAAUUUCACCUGUCCAUUACAGUCCCAAGUGCACAUUUAUAAGCGCUUGGUGUUCAUCUCUUGAAUUGCUUGUAUUCUUUAAUACAAUUGCAUUUAAUGCAAGUGCUCUGCAGCUCUUCAAGUUUUUGGUGUUUA